AGCAUUUUCAACCUGCAGUGAUAUUAUAUUCAGCAUGCCUCUGUCUGCGCUGAAAUCCUUGCUGCUGUGUGCGCUGAUGGUUGGUGCCGUGUAUACCUGUAUGCUGAAGAAUUACACUUUAUGGAUUGAGAAGCAAGACUGCACCCAGUGCGUGGCCAUCAACACUACCAUCUGCAGUGGCUAUUGUUACACCCAGGACACUAAUUUGAAGGGACGAUUUGGAAGGACUUUCUUGAUCCAGCGUAGCUGUGUUCCUCUUUCCUUGGUGUACCAGGCUGCCCAUAUUCCUGGUUGUCCCAAGGAUGUCAACCCACAGCUGUAUUAUCCCGCAGCCCACUGCUGCAGCUGUAGGCGCUGUGACACACGCACACACCGUUGCGUCCGGACCAGCCGUAUCCCUUAUGAUCAGUGCUUCACGACACUUGACAGUGUGAAGAAACAGAACCAGUCUGCUUUGGAAAUCUCACAAUAUUCCAAUACAAGCGGCAGCGCACUUGCAAGGAAAUGACUCAGCUAUUAAUGAAAAUGACUACGAGUGUUUCUGUGUGUUGAUGUUAUUGCAGUACAUCUCUGCUCAUGUUCUGUUCUCUAGUUUAUUAUGCAUCUGAUAUUGCAAUAAAACAGUCUGUUGGGCAUCCAACACAAUUGUGAUUUUUUUUGCCUUAGCAUGCAUGACUAAUAGUGUGAAAUUACAACAAAUACAUUGAAAUAAACAAAUAAAAAUUUAAUUAAAUUAAAAAAGUCUAA